AUGGAGAAGUUUUCAAAUUGGCGUGAUAAGGGCACUGGAAUAUCGCCGUUCAUGCCGGUGCCGGUUCCUCGGUCUUCUAGCUCAAUGGCCAGUUUGGUUUUUCUCUUAAGGCUUCCUGUGGUUAUUCUCACCGGACUACUCUACGUUGUAUUUCCAAUUCAAAUCGUUGCAAAAUUUAUUACUCUUGUACUUUUGGGAUUCAAUCGAUACGACUUGUCUGUGGAAGGAGUUAGGAGGUCAAAACUUGAUGAAAUUGAUAGACUGAGACCCAGCGUGGGAGAUUUUGUGGUCACAAACUAUACCAGUCCUCUCGAUGGAUUUUUCUUGGCUGGUUUAUCCAAUACUUUUUGGUACAAAAUAGUAUUAUUGGUACCAGAUGAAAAGGGAGAAUUGUACGAGUACUCCAUUUGGAGUUUUUUCUGGUUGACGUUAUCAAGAGACAUUGGUGUUUCAAGGCUGAACAUUAAAGCUGAUUAUUCAAAGUACACCAACAAAUUGGUUUUUUUAUUUGCCGAGGGAACCCCUUCUAAUAACAAGGCGUUGUUGUCGUUUGUUCCAAAUAUUCCUCCAGUUCCAGCCAAGCUUAGAUUCAAAUUUAAAACCAUAGCGUUGAGAAUCUUUCCACCAUAUUUAACCACACCCAUUCCUGUGGUGAGUCCAUUCAGCUACUUGUACCAGGUGAUUUCACACUAUGACCACAAUAGCUACAUAAGGGCCAAAAUUAUCAACCACGAUAGGUCCUUAUAUGGAGAUCGAUAUAAUAUAGAUGAAGCUUCGGCUUCAUUCGAGUUGGCGCAACUCAAUGUAAUAAGUAAGGAUCUUGACAUUCAAGAAAAGCGCAAGUUUUAUAGUUAUUUUGUGGAUUACCAGGUAUCUAAAUAG